AGGCUCUCAUGGAGGUCGUUUUUCCUGCUCUUAUAAUACGAGAGAAGAAGCUCCCUCUCCCUCUCUCUUUUUCGCUCUCUCUUGUAGGCUUUCUAAAUAGCUUUCUAGGAUUUCUGAUAGAAAUCGGUGGUCUGAUUAAGAUUUUUUAGGUUCUCUCUCGUCUACAAUCGUUGGAGAUCAGAGAUUUUGUAGUUUGACGGAGAUCUUAAUAUCAAUGGCUGAGAUCUGCUGCGGUGUCGUGAGCGAAAGUGAGACAACGGCCCCGUGCGAGACUAGCUCUCGAGCGGCGAGGCGCCGGAGAUGGGAGAUCCGGCGGUUCAAGCUCUACGCUGGCGUCGCACCCCCGCCUGAUUCCGGCAGCUGCAAGCGUCGGAAGACGAAGGCCUCUACGUCUCCGUCGUCGUCCCCACGGGACUGCGAGAACGCCUCCGAGAAUUCCUCUGAAGAAGAGCUGAAGCAGCAAGCGAAGGACCGCGUGGAUCCGACGCCUGCGGCCCUUGACCGGUGCCCGAAGUUCGGGAUGACGUCAGUGUGCGGCCGGAGGAGGGACAUGGAGGAUGCUGUCUCGAUCCACCCAUCGUUCUUCCGGCGGGAGCUUCAGAGUCCGGCGAAUCUGCACUUCUUCGGUGUCUACGACGGCCACGGGUGCUCUCAUGUAGCUAUGUCUUGCAAGGAUAAGCUGCAUGGUAUGUUAGCAGAAGAGCUUGGAAACGGAGAUGCAUCGAAGGAGUGGAAUGAUGCGAUGGGCCGGAGCUUUCUGCGCAUGGACAAGGAGGUCGCAGGAGAUGGCAGAAUUCCGACGAUGGCAGCGAAUUGCCGCUGCGAGUUACAAACACCUCAGUGCGACGCAGUGGGAUCGACGGCUGUGGUAGCUGUGGUGACGCCUGAAGAGAUCGUCGUGGCCAACUGCGGCGAUUCAAGGGCCGUGCUCUGCAGGAAAGGGAAGCCGGUCCCACUCUCUUCAGAUCAUAAGCCAGAUCGCCCAGACGAGCUAAUGCGGAUCCAAGCCGCCGGCGGUCGAGUCAUCUACUGGGACGGCCCUCGCGUUCUUGGCGUCCUUGCCAUGUCAAGGGCCAUAGGCGACAACUACCUGAAGCCGUUCGUAAGCUCGGAGCCCGAGGUGACGGUGACGCCCCGAUCGCCGGACGACGACUGCCUGAUCCUAGCCAGCGACGGCCUCUGGGACGUCGUCUCCAACGCCACGGCCUGCGCUAUCGUGCGCAUGUGCCUGCGCGGCGACGCUCCGAUCCCGCCGGAACAUGACGCGGGCGUCGCCCGCGGCGAGGGCUCUGACAAGGCGUGCUCCGACGCGGCGAUGCUUCUAACAAGGCUGGCGUUGGCGAGGCAGAGCGCGGACAACGUGAGCGUUGUCGUGGUCGAUCUCAGGAGCGACACGUAGCAGUGGAGAGAGGGAGAGCUCCUCUCGCCUUUUACUUUUUUAUUUAUAUUUUUUAGAUUUUUAAAUAUUAUUUUAUUUUCUUUUUUAUAUUGUGGGGUCCUCUCCUCCACCUGGAAGUAAAUGAAAUGAAAGGAAGGAGGAAGGGUAGUUUGGGAAAUAGAAAAGCAAUAUUAGGAUCCAACGGCCCACUUUUACGAUGGGCCAGAUGGGAAUCUCGUUAUGUAUACUGCCUUUUAUAUGUAAUUCUGCAUGUAUUGGGAUUUUUAUUUU